AUGAAUAUAUCGCUUGUGGCUGCAUACGAGUAUCCUGAACAACUGAACAUCGUGAUUUCGUCACGAAACAAAUUUGGUGAUAUUGUCUAUUGCCGUUAUUUUGACAAGUAUAAACAAGAGCUUGGACAGGCAUUCAGAAGUGUUGUAUUUCCUGAAUUCAAUGUGCAUUGUUUGCGGCGAAAUGGGGCCAAAUUCAUGUCAUUAACAGACACGCCCACCGCAGAGUACGAGUUCCCCGUGCCCAUCAUCGAUCGGACGCAAAAUGAGGUGGAACACUUUUUCUCAGUUUGCGUGGCUCCAAUCUAUGGCAAAGAGCCGAAAUGGAUUCUACUAGCAGAAUUUAUCGAGCACUACAAACUGCAGGGUGCAACACAUUUUUAUGUGUAUUCGAAGUACAUUGAUGAGUACAGUCGAAUCCUACUCGAUGACUAUGUUCGAACUGGAGAUGCUGAGGCGAUCAUUCUACAUGAUCGCUUUGAAAGAGCAGAUGACCGAUGGCAAGCAGUCGAAUUGCAGGAUUGUCUUCUUCGAGCUCGUCGACAUUCACGAUGGAUCGCGUUAAUAGAUCUUGACGAGCGACUAGUGCUAACUGGCUUAAGCGGAACAAUCUACGAUUAUUUAAAAAAUAUCUCCGAUCCGAAAAUUGGCGCAAUUCGAUUCAGACAAAGGUGGAUUUUGAGAAAUCAGUCAUCUCCAGAACGUUAUUGUAGUCAGGAGCAGGUUAGCAAAUGGAUGCCAACACGACGAUAUCACAACACUUCACAUGUGGAUCCACUUGAUAGCCCUAGCAAAUGCAUCAUAGAUCCAGAGAAGGUGCUGGUGAUGGAUGUUCACAGUGUGAGGAAAUUCUUUGAUGAUUAUCGGGCGUAUAGCCUGGAAAUUAAUGAGGGUAUCAUAAGACAUUAUCGUGAUAUCAUAUCCGGUAAUUGGGGUGAUAAAAAUCUGCAAAAAGUGAAGAAGAAGGGAGAUUUCUCAAUGACUGAUUAUCCGAAGCAGUUUGAAUCAGAUUUGCUGGAAAAUGUCAACAAACGAUUGGAAUAUGUUUAUGGAAGUCCGUUAUAG